AAAAUUUGAAUUGGUGCGCUUUUGGGUGGAAUCAAAGGCUUUUGAGUUUUUAACAGAAGAAUGGAGGUCCUCAUUAAAAAUUGUGGAGAGGAGCAGAAGGGUUUGGAGGUCUAUAGCUAUGGGUCGGGGUGGUAUAGGAUGGUUGGUGGCUAUGAUAGAAGCAGUAUUAAGGCGGGGAGAAAUUCGGAUUUCACAAACAAUUUGCACGAAGGAAACGAAGCAUUCGUGGCUCAACGAUGUUCCAACGUGCAUGAUAGGUAUCUAACUAUCACCGAAUCUGGUGGAGGAGGCCGGCAGAGUGUUGUAGUCAUUCUUGAAGGGUAUGAAGGUCUUGGUUAGGAGAAGUUUGCUGUUGAAUUACGCAGAGCCGCGAAUAUGUUUUUUUCCUUUCAUGCUGAUGGGUCAAGGAAGAAAAGCCAGAAAAGGACAUCCAAUCAUGAGAACAUCAACCUGGAGUUGAAACAAAAAGACCCAGGCACAACCACAGUGGCGAGGCGAUCAUAUGCUGCAGCUCUGAAGACGGGUCAUGCUUCGGUGACUCAAAGUGAGGGGAACUGUGAAAGUGGGCUUCAAAUCACACAAGCUCAGAACCAGCUUAUCGUGAUGCACAAUAUAUUAAAGGAGAUGGAAACCCAGCUUGUCGAGUUGAAGGCAGCAAUCGCUUUCGUCUAUGAAAAUAGACUUGCUUUCAGCUGGAAGCAACAAGGUCGUAAGAAACAAGCCUAAGAUAGGCCUUAAUCCUUUAAUCUCAUAUAACGGAAAACGGAAAAUCAGAUUCGUCCCCAUCCCUAUAACCAGAUCCAGAAGAGUGUGGCGGGUCAAAAGGAAAACUGGGUUAUUUGAAGUGGGUUCUACGUGGGGUAUCGGCAUAGAGACAUUCGUGAUGGAAUGCCCUUCGCCACAGGUGACACAGGAAAGACCGAUAGUCGGUGUUACACCCUUGGUCAAUGUUCUCCCCGAAAAAACUAUGGCUCCCACGUCGAAGUUGAAGGAAAAUGGCGUAACGCCGAGGUCUGAAGGAGAUGUAGGGUCCAUUGAAGUUGCACAUAAAGGGUCGCCAGAGGUGAAGGGACUUGCUGCCAACUCGGAAUCUCCAAUGGUGACUAUAACCUUACCAUUGGAGAGUACCAAUGGAGUUGUUGAGGAGGUACGGGAUUUGACUAUAGGUUUGUCGUUGGUGCCUUGCGAGGAUAAAUGUUUAGGACCUGGUGUUCAGUUGGGAACUGUGUCUGGGGAAGAUGUUGUCCCCUAGUUAUCUCUUCCU